CGCCAUCUUGGGGCCUGCGUCCGCCAUGGCGUCAUGGGCGCUGCUGUGCCUGGGCGGUGCCCUCGUGUACUCCCUGCUGCACUCGCUGUCCCUCACGGAGGGCUCCAGCCCGGCGCAGGGACAGGCCACCACGCCGGGGCCGCCGGAAGAGGAGCAGCCGGUCACGAAGGAUUGUGGAAUAGCACCACUUAGAGGUGCACUGGAAGGGUCUCGGAUUAUAGGAGGGACGCAAGCUGAUGUCGGCGCGUGGCCAUGGCAGGUUAGCCUGCAGGUCCAAGAUGGCGAUUUUCUUAUGCACGUAUGUGGUGGUGCCCUGGUGAGAGACAGGUGGGUCCUCACAGCUGCUCACUGCACUAAAGAGGCUAGAGACCCUCUGAAGUGGAGAGCAGUGAUCGGGACCAAUGACCUCAGCCGGAGCCACCGCCACACCAAGAAUAUACGAGUAACAGCCAUCGCCAUCCCGCCGGAUUUCAUUAUGGAAACAUUCGUAAACGACAUCGCACUGUUCCAUUUAAAGAGAGCCGUGAGGUACAAUGACUAUGUUCAGCCCAUUUGUCUGCCUUUUGGUGUUUUCCAAAACCUGGACCAGAACACAGCGUGCUUUGUAAGUGGCUGGGGAAGGACCAAAGAAGAAGGCAACGGCACAUCUGUUUUACAAGAGGCGAAAGUACACUUCAUCUCUCGGGAGAUUUGUAACUCUGACAGGAGCUACGGAGGAGUGGUUCCCAACACUUCAUUCUGUGCAGGUCACGAAAAUGGGACCUUUGACACGUGCAGGGGUGACAGUGGCGGCCCGCUAAUGUGCUACCUUCCAGAGCACAAAAGAUACUUUGUGAUGGGAAUCACCAGUUACGGACACGGCUGCGGGCGGAGACAUUUUCCUGGUGUCUACAGCAGUCCGUCCUUCUUCCAGCAGUGGCUGACACAUUAUCUAUCACAGGGAAACACCAAACGCCUGUUCAAUAUGGACAUGGUGCUUGGCCAGGUCCUCACAGUCCUAGGUUCCAUCAUCCUUCUAGGAGUGACAUAGGAACCCCUGGGGCUGAGGCGUCACUCUGUCCCACUGUGCCUGACAAGGACGCUGUGUCCACGGCUUACGUGAGUGCUCCCAUGUCAACGCUGGGUGGUUUUGGUUUUUUUGAACAAAAAGGAUUCUGACAGAUACAUAGACCAAAUCCUAUGUUUCCUAAUUAGAACCUGAUUCAUAAUUCUGUAUUUGGAAUACUUUCCUAGGGUUUGUAUAAAAUAUUCACUUCACUAUGUGCUUUAUAUAUAGAGAGGCCAAUAAACAGUUUAUAAUUU